UAAGAUGUAGAGAGGGCCCCAAGUAAAACAGGCUAUGGCUUUCAGCCAGUUUCAUAUGAUUUGUACCCACUCCAAAAAAAUUUAACUCAUUUUAAGAUUUGGACUCAGAUUUAGAAAAUAUAGAUGGUAUAUUACAGAACUGCCAUUGAUUUAUGUAGUUUAUAGUGCCUGAAACGGAUUCUUGAGUUUCAGUCUGCUUGAAGUAUUUGUCUUCUCUUGUUGACUGUGUAGGUAUGUUGAUAGGUAUUAAGCACCACAUUCUAGUUUUUUCCCCCAAAAUUUUAUAUUUGCUUUUGUGCCUUGAGGCAUGUUUAUGCCCAAUCAUGGAUCAGGAGCUAUUGUUAUAAUAAUAUAGCCGGAAUCUUCUAUAUAAAAGACCAAAAGAUACCUGGAUCAUGAAAUCACUUACAUGAACUCGUUUUAUGGAUUAUUUGCUUGUGUCUAGCUCUCUCCUUGUUAAGAGAGAAGAAAACAAUUUUGAAUCCAUGUAAUUUGGAUUCAACGUGACCUGAUGGUAUAACUUGUGUGACUGGAUAAUCACUUUGUUGGGUUUGGGAGGAUUUGCUCGUACACUGGUUGAAGCAGAUUCAACAUGGCGUAUCAAGAUCUAAAAGAUGUCGACUAGUCACGGAGUUUUCUUUUUGGGUGUUUAAGGAUCUUUUCAUAAUUCAUUUUGCAGUAUACCAGUUGAAGUGGAUUUUAUACGUCAUGUUGAUCUAAAUGAUGUGGGCUAAAGAAAAUUUUGUUUGAGGAUCUCUUUAUAAUUCAUUUUUUACUAUUGAAAUUUGGAUAAGAUGGUAGCAGGAUCAGAAUCGGAAGUAAAGAGGAGGGGAUAUGGUAGUGGACAAUUCCUGCCAGAGGAGUCCUUCCAAAGUUGGACAAGCUAUGCAAAUGCUCUAAGGCAGACACACACCAGGCUUUAUGACAGGGUGUUUACAAGGUCUACGGAUGAGGAGGAGAUAUUUGAGAUCAGAGCAAGAAGUGGUCAUGAGAUGAAGAAGACCCUUAACUGGUGGGACUUGAUUUGGUUUGGGGUAGGUGUUGUUAUUGGUGCAGGAGUUUUCGUUCUCACUGGUUUGGAAGCCAAAGUGGAUGCCGGCCCUGCAAUCAUUUUGUCAUAUGUUAUCUCAGGACUCUGUGCUAUGCUCUCUGUUUUUUGUUAUACUGAAUUUGCUGUGGAAAUUCCAGUUGCAGGUAGUUCCUUUGCCUAUCUAAGAGUGGAACUGGGUGACUUUGUGGCUUAUAUCGCUGCAGGUAAUAUCCUAUUUGAAUGUGUCAUUGGUGGAGCGGCUGUUGCCAGAGCAUGGACGUCCUACUUUACCUCACUUCUUAAUCAUAACUACAAUGAUUUUCGCAUCCACACAAAUCUACCUACAAAUUACAAUCAACUAGAUCCAAUUGCAAUUGGAGUCCUUCUGGUAGUGGGGCUUAUAGCAAUGAAGAGUACUAAAGCCACUUCUAGAUUGAAUGCUGUCUCAACAAUUUUUCACAUAGUCCUCAUCAUAUUUGUUAUAGUGGCAGGCUUAAUAAAAGCUAAACCCUCAAAUUACACACCAUUUGCCCCCUUUGGAGCUAAGGGCAUUUUCAGGGCCUCCUCUGUUGUCUUCUUUGCAUAUCUAGGAUUUGAUGCAGUGGCAACAAUGGCUGAAGAAACAAAGAAUCCUGCAAAAGACAUUCCUCUGGGACUGGUAGGAUCUACAAUAAUUAUCUUAGUAGCCUACUGUCUUAUGGCUGUAACUCUGUGUCUGAUGCAGAGUUAUGUUGACAUCGAUAAAGAUGCAGGAUAUAGUGUUGCUUUUCAAAAGGUUGGGAUGAAUUGGGCCAAGUACAUCGUAGACCUAGGAGCCUUGAUAGGAAUGACUACAGCAUUACUAGGAGGAGCUGUCGGUCAAGCCAGGUAUUUAACCCACAUAGCUAGAACACACAUGUUGCCUCCCUGGUUUGCACUGGUCAAUGAAAAAACAGGGACCCCAGUCAAUGCAACACUGACUAUGGUUUUAGGGACAGCAAUAAUAGCAUUUUUCACAGAAUUGGAUGUUCUUGCAAAAUUGGUUUCCAUCAGCACAUUGUUCAUAUUCACACUAGUAGCCAUAGCUUUGUUGGUUAGAAGAUACUAUGCAACUGGUGAAACCAACAGGCACAAUCAGAAUCUGUUAAUCAUGUUCCUGUUGCUAAUUCUAUCAUCCUCUUCAGCUACAGCUAUAUGUUGGGCUAGAAGUGAUAGUUGGAUUUGUUAUGUAAUAACAGUCCCCAUAUGGAUCCUAUCAACAUGCGGAUUAUGGAUGUUUGUUCCACAAGCAAGGAAACCAAAGCUUUGGGGUAUGCCAUUGGUACCAUGGUUACCAUCUCUAUCUAUUGCCAUGAAUAUUUUUCUUCUGGGUUCUCUAGAUUAUCAGUCAUUCGUUCGCUUUGUAAUUUGGACUGUCGCAUUGAUAGUGUAUUACUUACUUUUUGGACUGCAUGCAUCCUAUGAUACUGCAAAAGCUGAGAAAAAUGUCAAUGUUGGGGUCACUAAGGAUGAAGAAGAUGGAAAAGAACUAGAAGCCUUUCUUGGCACAUCGUCUUAGCUUUAUGUAGUUGUAAAGCUCUUCCAGGGAUAGUUUCAAGUUUCAACCUACCAUUGACUACUUGAAUCAAGUGAAUUGAACUACUUUUUCAAUAAAUUCAUAUUUGUCAUUGUUUUCGUUA